GUGGGGAUAUCGCCCUCUCUCUCCGUCUCUCUCUCCCUCAGCAGGAGGUGGAGCUUUGCUGGGUGCAAACUUGUGCGGCUCCGCGCGCGGCGCAGUCGCCUCGGCGCUGUGAGAGCGCAGCGUUAAGUCGGAGCGCUUUCGCAUGAACCUCCGUCCCGUGUGAAGUUGCGUGGAAACUUGAUGAGCCAUGAUGAGCCAGCGGACGGUCAACCUCGACACCUACAGCCUGUCGCUGCUCACGGCCAAGGAGGACAUCCUGAACCCAAGGACCUCCACCAACUGGGCUUUAUUCGCGUAUGAUGGCGUCAGCAACAAACUGAAACUGGCUGAUUCAGGCGUGGGUGGAGUCACAGAGCUGGCCAGCAAGUUUCACGCCUCCAAACCCCAAUAUGGACUUUGCCGAGUCGGAGAGACGGAGAGGGGAGACCCGCAGAUGGCACUGGUCAUCUGGGUCGGUGAGAACGUGGACGAGUUCCGCAGGACGGAAUGUGCCAGCCACAUUCCCGCCAUCCGACAGUUCUUCAAGGAAGCACAUGCAGCAAUAAGUGCGGAGAAGAUGGAUGAAGUGACGGAGGACAAGGUGAGCGCUGAGCUCAGCAGGACUCAGGCCCAGGCUCCAUCUCAGUGGGUGAGGAGAAACUCCAGGUCUGCAGAGAAGGAAGACUUGGUGGGAACCAACUACAGGAAGACAAACGCAGCAUUAGAGAUGAGACGAAUCAACCGAGACUCUUUCUGGGCGCGUGCAGAGCGCGAGGAAGAACAAAGGAAGGAGGAAGAGCGAAGACGAGCGACGGAGGAGAGGCGGCGUCUCGAGAAGGAGAGAGUCGAGAAGGAGAGGAAGGACGAGGAGGAGCGCGACCGAAAGAUGAACGAAAAGCUGCAGAUGAUCGAGGAGCAGAGGCGGAAACAAGCAGAGCAGGAGGAAGAAAUGCGGCAGAAAGAGAAGAUGAAAUGGGAGGAGCAGCAGAGGGAGCAUGAGGAGAACAUGAGGGCGCGGCUGAGGAGAAGCCAGUCCAUUGAGAAAGCUGCAGAGGCGGCAGCGCUGGUGUCCCAGCGGUCCAUCAACCCUCGCGAGUUCUUCCGACAGCUGUCGUCCACCUCACAGAGCCCGACCAGCCCCGGAUCCUCCCGCACCGGUCGGCCUUUCCGACGCUACCAGCGCAGCCUGACUGACACGGCUUUCAUCUUCUCCAGAGCAGAAGACAGCGCCCCCUCCUCCCCUCUCGCCUCCCCCCUGGUGUCGCCCUUCUCUCGCGCUCCCACGUCCCCGUUCUAUCGCACCAUGUCGCCCCCUGCCAGUCCAGAUUUCCGCCCUGUCACUUCUCCACAGAGGCCCGGGGUCCAACCGUCGCCGCCCACGUCACCGCUGCGUCCCGACCCUGCAGUGGAAGCUCCAGCACCUGUGGAAGCGCCCGCUCCCCCUGCCUCCCCCAAUCCCUUGUCCUCGUUGCCGACGGGUUCAGCACCGAACGGUUCCUCUCAGCCGGCUCCCGGGGCCUCGCCCUCGUCACCACCAAACACCCCGACGGAGCCGCAGCCGUCCAGUUUUGACUUUGAGGCGUGUGCGGCCCCAUCCGGGGCCCUUCCUGAGGCCACACCUGCCGCAGAUUUCCACCAAAGAGUGGUGCAGGAGCUGGCCUCGGACACCGGCUACAUAGCUCAUGCCGUGCUGGUGGAGGAGGACGAAGAGGAGGAGGAGGCAGAGAAGGAGGUGGAUCGAGCUGAAACAGAAGCAAAGACAGAUGUCUUCACUUUAGAAACAGCUGAGGCCGUGAUAGCGGAGGAGGAAGAGGAUGAAGAGGAGGAGAGUGCAGUGAGGAAUGAGGUUGAAGAGGUGAGGGAGGGCGAAACUGAAGAACAGGACGAGGAAGAAGAAGAGAAGGAGAUAGAAGGAGGCGUGGAGGCAGUGGCAGAGGAGGUUGAGGUAGCAGUGGAAGAGGCGGAGACGGAGGAGACGGAGGUGAAUGAAGAAGAAGAAGAGCCCAGUCCAAAGCUGCUGCUUUCUGCGCGAGAGGAAGAGCUGAUCACAGAGGCCGAAGCCAUUUGUCAGAAGAUCAUCAACGAAGCUGUGGUCCUGUCCACCAACGGACUCAGGAAUGGAGACGAGGCGCAUGAAAGAAAUGGCUUAGCUUCCUGGAGCCUGUCCGAUGCUGAGACCGCCUCCCCGGAAUUGGCCCCGGUGAGCGGCCAUGACCAUGAGACCGAGGACGAGGAAGACGAGGAGCAGGAGGAGCACCAGACGACUGAAAACGGAGAGGAGGCGCAGCCCCAGAUGUGCGUCCGAGCUCUGUACGACUACACAGCAGAGGACGAGAGCGAGAUCUCGUUUGAGCCCGGCGACAUCAUCAGAGACGUGGAGGCGGUGGACAAGGCCUGGUGGAGAGGCUGGAGCAAAGAUGGACGCCAGGGCCUGUUUCCCUCCAAUUACGUGGAGACCAUCUAAGCGGCGUGGCAGCCCGGCGCGCUCUCAGGGACACACUCUUCCUCACGCUCCUGCCUGCCUUCAUCCUCCCACUCUGCAGCUCCUGCUCCUGCACACCAGGAAGAAUCACAGCUCUUUUUUUGAAGUUGUUGAGUUCAAAAAAAAUCUCACACUAUGCAGAUUUUCCUGGAUGAAUUAGUUGUUGCCUUUCCCCGGACCAAAAUAACUUAUCUGAGGAUACUGUGGCGGGAGGAGGGAGACGCAGAUCAACAAAAAGCAGCAAACUUUCUUUUCAUGUGAGAAAGAUCUGUUUCUUCUCUAUUAUUCAUGUCUUUUGAUGCAACACAUCAUAAGCUGCCGCUGGUGUGUGGUGAUGUGUGUCUCCAUGUAUGAAGAAGAAGCAUCAUCAUAAUCCGUCUGCACAUCCACCUAUAACCUUCAGUUGGAGGCUGGGAGUGUUUGACACCUGCACCUUUCUUACAGUCUUCUGCCGUGGAUUCUUCUUCUUCUUCCUAAAACGCUUUCAUCUCCUGGAAUAUUUCAAGACCUUGUGUUGUGUACAUACGAAUGUGUAUGGAUCUGACAUGUUCAGCCCUCAGCUUGUUUGUUUUAUGAAAUCAGUUAUUUACGUAAACACUAUUCCCCAAAGUAUUUCAUUAAAAUCUGUUUUUCUUCUUGGUGGAUUUUUCCCCUUUCAAACUGACACACAGUGAAGAAGGAAACUCUAUGUGAUUUGAAACUGCGUGUAAAAUUUGAAAUAAAAUCAUAUAACUAUUUCA